CCGCGCGAGUCAUCAUCGGGUCGUCCUCCUGCGAGAGUGUAUUUUUUCUGUUUUGUGGAGCAAGCUGACGAAUCUUUCUGCUGUUGCGUUGUAGAGAAAAUCCUUCGGUGGUGCUUGAAAGCUAGUGUUUCGGGACAAUAAUUCCGUGCAUGGAAUCUGUGCCGCGCAUUACCAGAGUCGUUGGCCACCGUCGCCGUUGGGCGACGACCAAAAAGAAGUGAAAAUCUGGUGGGUUCUCCGGAUUCGCUUCCCAGCCAGCAGUUUGUGUGCAGUGCAAAAGAAAGAUGGUCGACGAAAAUUAAAACGCAUUUUGCUUGCGGACCGCAAUCGGGACAGUGUCCGGACGUGUCGUAAUAAAUGGUGAUUUUCAAAUCGGUUAAUUGCCGCAUUAAUUGGUUAAUGGUUACAUUUUGAAGAAAUUGUGCGAUCAGUGAUUUGAGGGAGAAUUUUUGCGAAAAUAAGGCAUGACUCAUCGGGAAGGAGUUGCCAUGGGAGAACCACAGCCUACCUGGAAACGGCAUUAUUAACAUUAUCCGUUUGAUGAAAUGAAGUGCAUCAAUUUUCGUUUGAUUUGAGUUUUCAAGAAAACAAAAACCUAAUCAGUUAAAUUUGAUUAAAAUAUGUUCUGACGAAGAAAAAAACCCAGUCGUCCUUCAAAAGCUUCACAGACGGCAGCUGUUGAACCCGUGGCCCGUAGAAGGAGGAGGAAAAAAAUUUCACUCGUGUCACUUUUCUUUUUUCUCGCUCGUAAAAUUCGUGUUUGUGCUUCCUCUGGCAGGCAGAAGAGUAGUGUGCGUUUUUCUGGCAAAACCUUGUGAGUGUGCAUCUUGCGGCCCAAAGUAGGCGCCGAGUUGCGCCGCGGCUUAAGAAGACGUGGGAAGAAAAGUCAAAAUAAAGCAAAAUCAAAACACCUUCAUUUCGAACGAGAGAUUAAAAGAAAAAUAUUCGAACGUCGGAGUGUCCGGUUUUGUCUUUGUGUAAAAGAAGGCACUAUUUCAUCAUCUCGUUCCUGCUCUGCUGAAAGCAUCCAUCAUCUAUCACAUCGUGCAAAAAGCUUGGUGCGAUUGUGUGAAUAUUAUUAGUUGAUACAACGCUAACUAAAACCACUUGCUUGGGUUGGUGUUCCGGAUCAGCUGCUAGCCGAUUAGUAGUAGUUGUAGUUGUACGACGUAGAUGUGGAAGAUGUGGAGCCCAUCGUUCGAGAUUAUCGUGGAAACCCUAACCGGGUACGAGUUCGAGGUGACCGUCAGCGAUCGGGACACGGUCGGGUAUAUCAAGUCGAAGAUCCAGAAGUAUGAAGGAAUACCGGCCAACCAGCAGCAUCUGCUGUACAACCACAAGGAGCUGAGUGACACCACGGAGAUGAAGGAUAUUCCCCUCGUCAACGGGUCCCGCCUGAAGCUGGUGCUGCGGAUGAAGGGUGGACCCAUCUCCUCCAAGCGGGUCGUCACUAUUUCCGACUACGAGAAUUGGUUCGACAUGAGCGAUGUGCUAUCAAGGCAAGAUGCAUCCAACUUCAAGGCACCCGGGCUGAAACUGCUGGUCAACAAGAAAAACAUUCACCGGUUAAUCAAGGUUCGCGCUGAAAAGGCAUCGGACAACAUCAAAGGAUCUGUUUCCCGAACCGUCGGCAGUCAAAGUGGGGACGACAUCGACAGCGAAGAAUUGGAACGGGAAACACAGAAAGAACGCGACGAUAAGAUUACAGCUGAGAAAUUGAAUCAAAUCAAAACUAAGAUCAUGAUGAAGAAAAAGAAAUUGGCAAAUUCAAGCUUCCAAACUACGGCUGAUACGGAAAUGGUGUUCAAGGAGGAGAAAGCUCCCAUCGCACGCCCCACCUAUUCGGCUGGUCCGAUCGGUUCGGCAAUUCCCCAUCAUCCGCGUCCUUUAUCCCAUACGGCUUCCAUUGCCACCGCCACUCGGGAGCCGUUCUUGCCACAUAUCAAUUUCCACAAUGCCAUCACCCGGCAGACGGCAACAGAGCUGGAUCGGCAUUCGCAGAUCCGCGAAAAUCUACAGCGUAAUCGUUCCUUCAAGACCAUCAGUGUCAAACAAUUCAACGUAUCCGCCCACGAUAUGACGGUGCACCACGAUUCGAGCAGGCUCGAACGGUCACUGUCAUUUCACUCGAACGGUAUCCUAAAUCGCAUGGAUUCCGAUCCCACCGGUGCUACCGGAGGUCGCAGUGCACACAGUCAAUCUCAGCACCAGCUUUCGUCCGCUUCGCUACACGACAUAAUAGAAUUGCUCAAAUAUACCCCCUCCAAGUUACGGACCAUCUCACACGACGCACUGAACAAGAUGAUUACCAAGAAACCACCUCACCACACCUCGACAAAGUUGUUGGAAAACAGUUCAUUGAAGAAUAUUGAUGAGUUCCUACGGGACUAUGAUGUGACCAUGGCCAACAGAUUGAAAACGUCUGCAGGCUCGACGACGGCUACCGGCGGCGAGUGUUCCAAUCUGCUGACCGAGGGUGCUUACAGCAAGGACGCGUGUUUUGCCUCAGCGGAAAUUGGUUUCGAUAAGGGUCCCACCACGGGUACACUGGACAAAACGUUCCGGACGCUGUAUAAAUCAACCUCAGACGACAACAGUUCGUAUGAACUGCCGAAACUCCUGAUCCGUGAGGACUCCCCGGUAGAAUCGUUUCACAGUUCCUAUCCUCAGUUGGAAACGGUUGCACUGCGAGGUGAAUCCCCGAAAAAUUUCAACUCAAUCACCAAACUGCAGGAUACCGGUCCCGGUGGAGCCCUUGCCGACAGUGCAUCAUCGCUAGCACCGGGAGGAUUGACGAAAGCCAACAAUGAAAAAAGUAAGCUGUCGUCCGGGUCCCUACUGCAACUGUACGAGCAUCCUCCAGCACCGACGGCAGCUGCAACAACAACGGCGGCCAUCGGUAGCGGAAUGGGCAGUGGCAUUUCCAACGGUGGGCCUUGGGCACCGCAUUAUGGUGGUGUAGGAAGCCAUCACCAUCAUCAUUCCGAUCUGGGAAUCAACGAACUGGAACUGAAAUUCAUCAACAAUGAGCUUAUAGAAAAAGCUGUGAGCAACAGUAAUUCCGUAUUCAAACUGCCGGCAGUUUCGAAUCUGGAAAUCAACCACUGGAAUGCUCUAUCGAAUGAUUCAGUGAAUGGUAAGGACAAGGAAGAGGAGCAGGCCUCCAAUCCAAGAACGUCCAACGGCUUCAUUCACAGUGAUUUGUCGAUUUCGUCGGAUGAGGACGACCUGUUUAGCAUUUCUGAUUUGAUCUACAAAAAUCAAGCAAAUAAGUCCAAAUCGAUCGACUUGAAUGAAUUCCGGAAGACGUUCGGUAGCAGUCCAACGCUUUUGAACAAUUUCGGUGGCACCAACACCAAUCUGGCGCCACAGUUAUCGCGACUGGACGCAAUCCCUUCCCAAUAUCGAAGGGGUUAUACCAAUUUGAACGACGCGGGCCUUUCUAGUUCGACGUCUGAGCUAGAGUGUGUUAAUGCUACCACCAAGAAAAAGACUGGAAGCGGUGAUAAUGGAGAACUAUCGCCGCUACUCAAGCAUAGAAACAAUGAUCAUAUUGCCUAUGUUAGAAGUUAUGAAAAUUUGAAUCGCUACAAGGCAUUCUCAACGAAAAACGGGGAUGCCAGUGAUAUCCUCCGUUGUCAACAGGGUGCUGGGCAAUUAUUGCCCGGAAUUAGUAAUUUAGAUAGUAUAGCCGACUCGGAUCUAAACAGUAGUAGUGGUUCCGGAUCGAAUCUGAUCGAUGAUAGCUUUACCGAUUUUGAGUAUAGGUUCUCUAGGCUAAGUUGUUCGGGUGGAAACGGUCAUCAUAGCGGCGGUUGUAGUAGUUCUAAUACCAGUAGCAAUACUCAAAAUAGCAGCAGCAGUAGUAGUAAUCAAAAUAAUUGCCACAACGGUAGCAGUCACCACCGGAUGCCAUCGUUGAAUGACUUGAACCACCGGAAUCGUUUGCUAAACGGUCACCCUCCACCGUUCAAUAGCACGUCGUCGCCAUUUAGUAAUAAUAAUCAUAAGUCCAACCACGCUUCGAACUACUACUUCCCUUCGGACGAGAGCCUUUUUAACAUAGAUUCUUUCUUCGAUGAUUUUGUCGAAAUCGAUACCAGUGAUAUAUUCGACAGUGCCGAGUACAUCAACAUCGGUGCGGGAGCUCGUAGUUCAAGCUCUUCGUCCUCUAAAAUGUUACCAAAAACGAACAAUUCCGGGCUUCUGCUGCCGGACAUCCUCCAACAAGAUGAGCUACUGUUGAAAACACAAUCCGGUUUCACCGAGGCCGACGAUGUUCUAGAUGGUGUAAACGGUGCUCUUCCUUCUUCCCUCCACGCAAUGGAUAACGGUGAUCCACUGAAUCUGAAGGAUCUUCCACCGCUAGUCCGCAUCCCACCACAUCCUUCUGCACUGGACCACCAUCAGCAACAAUCACCUGGACUGGGUGGUGCGGCCAUGCAACACCAUCCUGCCGAGCCGCUCAAAUCGAAAAAGCUUCGGUGCGCGCAAUGCAAUCGCAAACUGGGCGUCAUCAUGAUUAUGAAGUGUCACUGUGAGAAGAUUUUCUGUGCCCAGCAUCGGUACGCCGAAGCGCACAACUGUUCGUAUGAUUUCAAGCUCGAAGGUAAGAAAAUCCUCGAACGCGAAAAUCCACUGAUAGUGGCACAGAAAUUGCCCAAAAUCUAGGCACAUACACAAAUACGGUUUAUUUAGUUUGAGUUGUUUUUUGGACAUACAAAAGUAGAACGACUGACGGGGCACGUCUAAAGAGACGUUAGUCACGGUACAUGUCCUCAAAAGUUAGGUUUUACUGAGUUUUUCUUUUAGGGGAAAUGUGUCAAGCGUUUGGUAGUAGAUAUGUUUUCAAUUUUCCCACUCUAGAUUUAGGUCAAGUUCGAAGUUCUUGACACAUAGCAAAAAAGGCAAAGAAAUACAUUUAUCUUGUUAUAUUUUAGUCUAGACAUCAGAUUGCAUUCGAAGUGCAAUGAAAUUUUCUGUUCAUUAAUGUAGAAGCAUUACAUUACUUUCCAUUAGAUUAUUGCGUUGCGCUUAAAAUGCUGUAAUGUGUGGUACACAAGCCUAGGUGUUAGUUAAAUUAUAUGGGAUUGUCUUAGGUUUGAUACUAGAAACUCUGAUUUUAGUAGACAACUAUUAAUCAUUACGACAUUGAAGGAACGGGUGCACCUUGCUAGGGAGGAUUGAUUUUGCCUUAUAUCAUUAGUGCUACCAAUCGUUUUUAUUUUGUAAAUCUUAGAGCAAUUCUUAUCUGGAUAUCUGUAUAAUCUACUUUCGUAAAAAAAUAUCUUCUUUAAACUUAUUAUUGAAAAGACACGGAUAUAGAGGGGAAAAAAUUCAAAGCUUAAACAUAUUUAGCUAGAUAUCCUAUCUAUCUAUUUCGAAUUCUAUAGAUGAUAUAUUCAAUGUUUAAAACAAACCAUAAAAGUUCGAAAAAUCAAAUCGGAUAAACAAAACCGAGUAAAAUGAAAAAAAUACAUAGAUAUAAUUCUGCUCAUCGGUCCACGGUACGAAAUAAAACAAACCAAAGCAUGAUUUUCAAAAUCAAACCAACCUGAACGCACGAAUUAAUGUGAACUAGUAGUAUGGCCACAACCACAAGGCGAACGCUAAUCAGAAUACAGUCAAUACAGCCGAGAUCAUCAUCUAAGGAAAGAGAAGAGCAUAUUUUUAUCUACAUCCUACAUAUGCGAUAGUAACUUAUUUUCUUUAUUAUUUUACUGGUGGAUUUUCAAGUAGUUUCCAAUUAUACUGGAUAGUAAUUAAAUAAACAAUUCGCGUUAGCAGUAAAUCAUUAAACUACUAUCGUAAUGGUUGCAUAUGUAAUUUGGAUUCUCGAUAUAAUAUUGAUCCCUAAUUGCAUAACACAAUUUACCAUUUAAUCAAACUAUCAUCAUGUAACUGGGGAAGACAAAACAAACCAAUAAAAAAAACUACUAGUAUCGCAAAAUGUAAACGUCUGUUCAGAGCUAAAAUUCUAGAAAUUUAUUCUUGCAAGUGUAAUAAUUUAUUACCUACCUAAACAAGAAAAAGCUACAAAAAA